GUGGGACAGCCAAACUCACCAUAUUAAAGGUGGACAUAGACGUUUUAGGUGUUUUUGUGAUCAUCUGAAAGCCUCAACAAAAUUUGAACGCUAAUUUUAAUAGAUCUCUCAUAGAUCAUAAAAAGAUAGAUAAUAAGGAGGAUACUGAAAAUAACAACAUAUGGUAUAUGCGAGUGUCUCAUGUAAAUACUUUGCAAUUGACCUAAAUACCAAAACAAUUACACCGGAUAAUCCGAGGUCUGUAAGUGUUCACUGUCCAGUCUGCGAGUUCCUCGCAUUGAGGUCCCAGCAAGAGGUUGUUUGUUAUGGGUGAGAUAAAAGCCUCUGUUGACCAGGUGGUGGCGCUGCAGUACUAGAACUGUGGUUCUCCAACCCCAGCAGAGCGGAGAAGAAGAGUCCCGUCUGCUGGACCGGACUGACAGAAGCUCCGGAGGUGAGCAGCGGUUUGGUUUAACACUCGCUGUCCGCGGGUCGCGUUACCGUUUAUCCCGACAGACACGGCGGAGAAUCUGCUCUGUUCUUUUUAGAAAGCUGGGACACAAAACGCCGCGUGUACAAAAUAAACACGCCCUGAUAAAAAAAACAACAACGACAGAAAAAACAGCUCAGACCAGCAUGAACUCCGGGCUGGUCUGAGCUGGUUUAUGCUGGUCUGCUGGUUUAGCUGGUCCGUUUGGCAGCAUUCAAAAUAAGACAUACUGGUUUGGCCGAAAUGAAGGACAUCCCAUUAUAGGACGUCUCCUGCUUUUCCUAUUAAGUAUAAAUUGACUUUCAAACACAUCAGGAGUUGGCACCCAAAGGAAUAUGUCACUACUGAAAACAGGAGAGAUUAAAUGUGAGAAUGCGGUCUUCAGAAGUUGUUCCAGUUCUCAGCAACCAUCUUUCAGCACUCUCCAAACCGCCACCUCUUCCACCCAAACGGAGAAAAAUACUGCCACGGUAUGUUUUAAUCAGCCGAGUGCUAUCCAACUACAUCGCAUUUUUACAGAAGAGAAACCACAUCAGUGCUCAGAGUGUGGAAAGCGCUUUACCUAUCAUAGAAGUCUCGAAAGACACAAGCGCAUGCACACAGGAGAGAAACCACAUCAGUGUUCAGACUGCGGGAAAAGUUUUUAUCGAAAAAAUAAUCUCCAGACGCACCAGCGUGUUCACACAGGAGAGAAGCCGUAUCACUGCUUGGAGUGCGGGAAGAGUUUUAGUCAUCUGGGAAGUCUCCAAAGACACAAGUGCAUUCAAACAGAACACAAAUCAUAUCAGUGCUUAGACUGCGGGAAGGGUUUUACUCACCUGAGUAAUCUCCAGACACACCAGCGCAUUCACACAGGAGAGAAACCGUAUCAGUGCUCAGAGUGUGGAAAGACUUUUAACGACCACAAUAAUCUCCAGGCACACCAGCGCACUCACAUGGAAGAGAAGCCAUAUUGCUGCUCAGAGUGUGGAAGUGGCUUUACUGUAUACAGUCUUCUCCAAAGACACCAGCAAAUCCACAGAGGAGAGAAAGAGUAUCACUGCCCUGAGUGUGGCAAAAGCUUCAGUUGUCAGAGAAGUGUCCAGAGACACCAGGUUGUUCACACAGGAGAGAAACCGUAUUGGUGCUCAGAGUGUGGGAAGAGUUUUAAUAACCAGAAUAAUCUUCAGGUGCACCAGCGGAUUCACACCGGAGAAAAGCCAUAUGAGUGUUCGGAGUGUGGAAAGACUUUUAAAAACCAGAAUAAUCUCCAAGUACACCAGCGCAUUCACACAGGAGAGAAGCCGUAUUUCUGCUUCCAGUGUGGAAAGAGUUUUGGAGAUAGAGGUGCAUUCAAAGUACACCAGCGCACUCAUUCGCUAGAAAAGCCGUACCACUGUGCAGAGUGUGGGAAGGGUUUUAAAGAGAAAGGGACCCUUAAAAGACACCAGCGUAUCCACACGGGAGAGAAACCCUUCUGCUGUUCAGACUGUGGAAAGAGUUUUAGAGAGAGAAGUACACUGAACACACACCAGCGCACUCACACUGGAGAGAAACCCUAUCAGUGCUCAGAGUGUGGGAAGAGCUUUACUGUACCCAGUAGUCUCCAACUACACCAGCGCACUCACACAGGAGAGAAGCCGUAUCACUGCUCCGAGUGUGAGAAGAGCUUCACCUUACAAAGUCAUCUUCAAAGACACCAGCAAAUCCACACAGGAGAGAAGCCGUAUCACUGCUCAGAAUGCAGGAAGAACUUCAGGCAUUCAAACACUUUAAAGACACAUAAAUGCACCCCUGUGAGGGAUGGUGAUAGUUCUGUAACUGUGGAUCUUGAACCUGUUUCCAGUGAUGAAGCAGAAGAUCCAGCUUUGAUCAGUGCUCCCACAGAGUUUUUAGAGGAAGAGCACCAUUUAGAGUAGGAAAUCGUCCAACUUAUUCACAUUUAUACAUCGUGACAAUGAGAGAUCAUGCUUUAACAGGAUGUAAAGAAGUCCAGAAGUUAAAUUAGAAUUUGGGAGGUGGAGGAGCUCUACUUUUUUCCUGCUGAAGGGCUCACACUACCGCUGUUACCGCUGAGAAUUUCAAACAUGAAAUAUUGAAAAUAUCGAGGCAUCUACAAAAGCUUGCAAACUGGGAAAAAUUGCCUUAUUCAACUGUUCACUCUACACCAUCUUGGAUAUGCAAUCACAAAUCCCAAAAAUGAAAUUUGGGGUUUAAAUUGUGUACAUGAUGUACACAAGUACAAAUGCCAUGCAAAAUGAAUGAAAACAAAUGCUUGUCCACUCCCAAAUGUAAAGCAUGCCAUCAACAGCACUGUUGUUUCCAAGAGGUCACUGACAACCAAACAAUCUAGAGAAGCGCAGCAACAGUAAAGCCUGUUGGGGGACAUUGUUGCUAAAAUUGUGUAGUGUGCACUUACACUUCAGAAACAAGCUAUGAAGUGUUACAAAGGGAGGAAUGUAAAGCUGUUUAGGGGUUAUCUGUCAGUGCACAUGAUCACAUUGAGGAGGGAAAUGGGUUUUAAUAAGACUAUCAGGAAUGGUUUGUUACAUCCAAUGUCACAUUCAUGUUCUAGAUUAGGGUGUGCUCUCAGUUGAUGUGUCCUGUUUUAUUUUAUUCCUGCCUAGUAGUGAUUUUAUUUAUUGUUCUUCAAUAUUAUUCUUGCUAUUUAGUAUUAUUAUUGAAGUAUUAUAAUCAGUAUGAUUGAAAAUGCUCUUGUAAUGCUGAAAUGUGAUUUCUAUUAAAUUUUACAAUGUUAUGAUUUGAA